CCCGAUUGGCUCGAUCGGACGACAUCAUCUGAUUAGAUUCGACCGGCUCCAGUAGUGUUGAACUCCAGUCGCACGAGUCUGUGGGAGAUGUCGCCGCUGUAGCCGACUUCGGGGUUAUCAAUCAGUGCGUGGGCCUGUCACCGCUAGCUGCAGUGGUUCGAUUUCUUGGGUAUAAGGGCCAAGACCUCCCUUGCUCCUCUUUGUCUUUCUUGUCCUCCUUGGCUCUCUUGUCUUCGAUCAUCCUCUUGCCUUUUCGGUCGGUUCACCAACCAUGGCCGUGCUCGACAAGUUCCGUGAGGCCUUUGGCCGUACCCCCACCCAUGAAGAGACCAGCAACAAUGUGGUCUCGGAGAAUGUUAACGAGAAACGCGAUCCUAUCGUUGACGAGGCUGCCCGCAACCCCGAGUCCGAGGAGGCCCUGUCCGAUGAGACGUCGUCGGAACACCUGCAAGUCGGUGUGUCGGAUGUCGAGGCCAUCACCAAGUCCUGGACCAAGGCAUCCCUCAUCGCCGUCUUCCUGAACAUCUGGCUGCUGUACUUUGUCAAUGCGUUCCAGUCCUCGCUUCUCUACAACCUCCUUCCCUACGUGACCAGUUCCUGGGAAUCUCACUCGCUGCUGAACGUCAUUUACGUGGUCGCCGACUGUAUGUCGGCGGCCGUGUUCAUUCCUCUGGCCAAGGUCAUGGACGUGACUGGUCGUGCCGAGGGUUUCCUGACCAUGACGGUCUUUGCGACGCUGGGUCUGAUUCUGAUGGCUACUUGCCACAACCUGCCCACCUUCUGCGCUGCCUAUGUCUUCUACACCAUCGGUUUCAGUGGCAUGACCUACUGUGUCGAUGUCAUCACCGCGGAUGCCUCUAAGCUCAAAAACCGAGGUCUGGCCUACGCCUUCACCUCGUCCCCCUACAUCAUCACAGCCUUUGCGGGCCCCAAGGCCUCCGAUGAUUUCCACCUCAGCUGGCGCUGGGGUUUUGGCGCCUUUGCCAUCAUCUUCCCCGUCGUGGCCCUCCCUCUGUACUUCAUUCUCAAGUACAACCUCCGCCGCGCCCAGCAGCAGGGUCUGGUCGUCCCCAACCGCAGCGACAAGACCUGGUGGCAGAUUAUCUGGUUCUACUUUAUCGAGUUUGACAUCGUCGGUGUCCUCCUCUUCUCCAUCGGUCUCUGCGUCUUCUUCCUCCCCUUCGACAUCUCCUCCUACGCCCCUCACGGCUGGGCCUCGGGCUACAUCAUCGCCAUGAUCGUCGUCGGCGUCGUCAUGCUCGUCAUCUUCUGUCUCUACGAAUGGUACAUCGCGCCCGUCCCCUUGUUCAAAUUCGGCUUCCUCUUCAACCGCACCGUCAUCGGCGCCUGUCUCCUCGACGCCACCUACCAACUCUCCUACUACUGCUGGGACAACUACUUCACCUCCUUCCUCCAGGUCGUCAACGACCUCAGCGUCGCCGAAGCCGGCUACGUCAGCGACACCUUCGACGUCGUCUCCGGCGUCCUCCUCCUCUUCGUCGGCUGGCUGAUCAGCAAAACCGGCCGCUUCAAGUGGCUCCUCUACAUCUCCGUCCCCCUCUACAUCUUCGCCCAAGGCCUCAUGAUCUACUUCCGUCGCCCUAACCAAAACGUCGGCUACCUCGUCAUGUGUCAGAUCUUCAUCUCCAUCGGUGGCAGCAUCUUCAUCAUCAUCGAACAACUCGCUAUCCUCGCCGCCGUCGAUCACCAACACGUCGCUGCCGCCCUCGCCCUCCUCAACGUCGUCGGUACCAUCGGUGACGCCAUGGGCGCUACCAUCUCCGGCGCUAUCUGGGAUAAUACCUUUGAAAAGGCCCUCAUCCGCUACCUCCCGGAAUCCGCCAUGUCCAACCUCUACGAUAUCUACGAGGAUCUGGACACCCAGCUCAGUUACCCCGUCGGGAGUGCUACCCGCGUGGCUAUCCAGAAGGCCUACGGCUACGCCCAGACUCGCAUGUUGGCCGUGGGUACCGGCCUCAUGGUCCUUUCCUUUAUCUGGAUCGUGAUGAUUAAGAAUAUUAAUGUUGCCAAGGUCGCCCAGGUUAAGGGUAUGGUUUUUUAAUCGUGUGCGUGUACUUACAUUCAUACAAUUGAACUCCGACCUUUCACUCGAAGACGGUGGUUAUGUAGUGUUGGAGAUGCCCCAAUCACUCAUUCACCCAUGCAUCCCCCCCUUUUGCUUUUACCGCUCAUACCCAUCAUACCCACAUGUACUAGAUUUAGUACAUGCCCAUACCCUCUGUUCUCUGCUUGAUCGAUUGAUUGAUAUAUCCCUAUGACUGCAUGUAUAAUAAAAGUUCAUCGACAUAAUUAAUGAG